AUGAACUCGACCUUCCUGAACCACAGCGGCCUGGAGACAGCGGGUGGCUUGGGCGGCGGCGGCGGCGGGGCUGCGCUGGGGAACCGCAGCCACGGGCUGGGCACGUGGCUGGGCUGCUGCCCCGGGGGCGCGCCGCUGUCCGCCAGCGACGGCGUCCCCGCGGGGCUGGCACCGGACGAGCGCAGCCUGUGGGUGUCGCGCGUGGCGCAGAUCGCCGUGCUCUGCGUGCUCUCGCUCACUGUGAUCUUCGGCGUCUUCUUCCUGGGCUGCAACCUGCUCAUCAAGUCCGAAAGCAUGAUUAACUUUCUGAUGCAGGAGCGCCGGCCUUCCAAGGACGUGGGCGCUGCCAUCCUGGGGCUGUACUGA